AUGACCGGGAAUACUGGAGACGAGGAGGUGUGCCAGGCGGUACUGGGCUUCGUCGCGGAGGGCACAUACCCUGAGGAGAAGGUGGUUGCUGGCAAGUUCCCGGCAGCUGCCCUCGCCAGAGAGUUGGAGCUUAUUUCUAAGGCUCGUGAGCAGGUAGAGAACGAGAUCAGUUCCCUGAGUCGAGAGAACACCUUUGACGCCGACGACUGGAUCAUCCAAGCGAAACAACUUCAUGAAGAUAUUGAACGGUCUAGAUUGACUGCGCGUGAGAUUGUCGCCCAGCAUGAGCAUACCAAUCCCCUCAAAGCCAAGGUUGAAGACGCAAAGGCGAAAGUCGCAUUGGUUGAGACGGAGAUUGCCUUCAACGAGGCCGUUGCAGACACCCUGGAGGGGGUGCAGCGACUGUGUCAGCAGCUCGAAAAUGGACGUGUUGCCCUCCGAAAUGGCCAGAUCACCACCGCUAUUGAGCAGCUGGAGGCUACAGGCGCAGCUGUUGGGCAGGAUGCUUUCUUUACCAAUACAAACGUGAUGGCCAUACUCUCUGGAGAGGUAGCACAGUUGCGAGCUGAAAUCAUAGAAGCGCUCCAUAUGCGCUGGGCAGACCAACUGAAGAUCGAUCGCAAGAACCGCGAAUUUCAAGUGUCCAAAACUGAUCCAGCUGCUCUUGAGGACACCAUCGCGUCACUUGCCCGGAUGGACAUCCUCACAGCUGCCAACGAAAAGUUUCAGAAGGACUUCGUCUCCGCAAUUCUCAAUCCAAUCUUGCUGCCUCGCCCUGAUGGCACUAGUCAUGGCGUUAUAGUGACGGAUACCACCAUUCAAGUUGAGUCAAAGGCCUCAAAGACAACCGUAUUAGAGACCCUGGAUUGUCUCUCUAGCGUAUUGGGUCACUUGCGACACAAUCUACCUUCGGUGGUAUCUGCGGCUCUCCCUGAGUCUUUCAUUCCAAGCAUCGCUUCCAAAGUGAUUUCAGAGUGGCUAUCUUCUGCUAUCCCCGUUGAUCUAGCUGGUCUCGCCGAUUUCGAGAAACUGUUGGAUCAUGUCCUGCAAUUCACCCAGGCCAUAGAGUCUUGGGGUUGGACUGGCCAAGAAGAGCUGUCCGCAUGGGUUAGUCAGGCUCCACGCUUAUGGCUGACUCGGCGUCGGGUGGACUCACUUGAUAGUGUUCGGAAGGUUCUCGCCGCCAGUCAAGGCACAACAAAACUGGUCGAACGUGUUGAAAAAGAAAAAGUUUCUCAGACCGACGGAGCACUCUUGGAAAACGCUGUCAAUGAUGACUGGGACGCGGACUGGGAUGAUGAUAAAGAUGAUACUUCCGUGAAAGGAAAUACAUCAAAGCCCCAUGAAGAUGAAGAGGAAGAAGACGUUAGCGCCUGGGGUCUUGAUGAUGACGAAACUCAAGAUGAGCCCAACCCAGAUACAGCUGCACAAACAGAAGAUGAUGACGCCGACGAUGCCUGGGGCUGGGGUGAUGAAGAUGAAGAUGCCCAGAAAGCCGGCACUGAGUCUUCCAAAUCAAAUACCACUGCCGCACGGGAACAGGCAGGCGCCAAAAGCACAGCUGGGUCUCAGUCGCCUAAGGAAGUUACCCUGAAGGAAGUGUUCACCAUUACUGAUAUUCCAGAGUCGGUUCUCAGGUUGAUUCAGCAGCAAAUAGUUGACUCAAAGGAUAUUUUGCAGCCUACACACGCCAAAUCCCGUGUUGCAUCCUCUGGAAAUGGUCUCCUAGCUCUUCCGACCCUCAUCCUGGCCAUGUUCAAAGCUACAUCAUCGACAUUCUACUCGAUGAAGCUAAGUUCGGGACCGAUGUACCUCUACAAUGACAGUUUGUAUCUUGCAGAUGAAAUUCGGAAGCUGGUCGAGGAGCAUGAACUCUCCAGGCUUCAACCAGAUGUUGAGGCAUUGGAAAAAUUCGGAAAACUUGCUUAUAGCAAGGAAAUGCAAACCCAGCGAACGAUUGUUACUGAUCUGCUCGAUGGAGCGCAAGGAUUCGGGCAAUGCUCCGAACAGCCCUUCCAAUCAGACUGCGAGAACUCCGUCACAGUCACCGUUGACCGGAUUCGCGAUGUUUAUAAGGAAUGGCAGCCCAUUCUGUCACACUCUGCUCUGCUCCAGUCUGUUGGAUCACUCUUGUCUACAGUGAUAAACAAGGUUGUCAUCGAUAUUGAAGAUCUGGGAGAUAUCUCAGAAGACCAGUCCCGACAACUGGUCUCUUUCUGCAGCCAGAUCUCGAAACUUGAAGACUUAUUUAGGCCCCAGAAUGGUGAUGCCGAGGCUUUGCCUGUUACAGCAAUCUACGUCCCAAGCUGGCUUCGCUUCCAGUAUCUGAUCAACAUCCUGGAGAGCUCACUCGCUGAUAUCAAGUUCCUCUGGAUUGAAGGAGAACUAGGCCUGGAAUUCUCCGUCGAGGAACACCAAUUUGGCCUCGAUUUUACCAUGAGUGAAGAUCAAAUUAUGUCAGGAGUCUCCGAGGCUGCGCAACGACAAGUUCGCGUGCAACUCACCAGCCAGCAGGAGGAUAUUGCUCUGCCUGAGAGCACCGGCCCAAUUCUCAUUCCCACCGGUCUUCGCCGUUAUGCGCUGUCGACAUUGGUGAACAACCUUCUCUCGAGCGAGAAGCCAAUCCCAUUUGAGUUUUUGAUCAACGGAACUUUUCUGCGGACCUCAAUUGACGAAUAUCUGGUCGACAAUGGUAUCUCUGCCGAGACGACCCUCGAGAUUGAAUACGUUCGGGCUUUGAUUCCUCCUCUGCACAUCGCCUCUUUCCAGCACGACGACUGGGUCAGCUCUACUGACGUCCUUUCCACCACUUCACCGGCUGCAUCAUGGGCAUCAGGCGCAACCUUCAAGAAGGGCCAAGAGAGAAUCCUUUCUGGAAGCUAUGAUGGUCUCCUCCGCAUCUGGAACAUGUCAUCCGAGACCAUUGCGACCUCCCCUGCUGCCACUGAGGGCGGCCACACUGCCUCCAUCAAAGCCGCCAAGUUCGUUUCCCCGAACCAGAUUGCUUCAGCGGGCCUUGAUCGCACAGUCCGAUUGUGGAAGUAUACCGAAGACGAGGGUGGCUUUGCUGGAAAGAUUUCUCCCCAGCUGGAGCUGUACGGUCACAAGUCUGGAAUCGAGUCGCUAUCUGUGCAUGCCAAGUCCAACCGUCUGUUGACAGGUUCCUCAGACCACACUGUUGGAUUCUGGUCAACCAAGAAGGCUGAUGCACCGGCCGCACCCGAGAGCUUGCUUCCUUCCAGCUCUCGCAACUCCAAGCGCCGCAAGCUGAACUCGUCUGUUAGCACCGCCCAACGUGGACCUCUGUCCAUGUUGUCUGGACACACAGCACCCGUCUCUGCCGCCAUCUUUGACGCCAAGGAUGCCACCGUUGGUUACUCUGCUUCAUGGGAUCACUCCCUGCGCACCUGGGACUUGGUUACUGGAGGUCUUGUCGACACCCGCACCACUUCGCACUCUCUUCUCUCUCUCGAGCACCUCCCCGAACUCAACCUCUUGGCUGCAGGUACUGCUGCCCGUCAUAUUACUCUGAUCGACCCCCGUGCAUCCGCCGCAACUGUGACAGCUAUGACUCUCCGUGGCCAUACCAACGCUGUUGUCAGUUUGUCACGCGAUCCCCACAGCACAUACGGUCUCAUUAGUGGCAGUCACGAUGGCACAUGUCGCAUCUGGGAUAUCCGGUCUACCAAGACCGACAAGGAGGGUGUUGUUGGUGAGAGUGUCUACUCCAUUACACGAAAGAGCCUCGAGGAGGAGGGCAAGGCCGACAGCAAGCGUGUUGGUGGUGAGGGUGUCAAGGUCUUCAGCGUUUGCUGGGAUAAGACAAUUGGAAUUGUCAGCGCUGGUGAGGACAAGCGAAUCCAGAUCAACCGUGGAGAGGGUGUUUUGUCUUCCAAGGCAUAA